UUAAUUUAACUAUAUUAAUAUAUUUAUUUUAUAAUGAUAUUAAUAUUUCAUAAAUUUUAGUAUUAAAUUGAUCUUUGAUUCAUUAUAUAUUAUUACUUCUAAAAGUACUAUUAUUAGUGCUUUAAAUAUUCAAGGUACAUAAUUAAUCACUGCUCAAUUUAAUGCUAAUAUUAAAUUUUUAUGAGAAACUUUAAUAACUCAUUUAACUAUUUUGUAUCUAUUUAGAUAUGAUUCUUACAAAUGACUUCUCAAAAAGCACACUACAAUAGGCACUAUGAAAAACAAUAGCUCGUCCACUGAUUUAUGUGUUGAAGAUACUGAAACAAUAAUAUUGGAAAAAUCUGAUACUCAAGAAACAUUAAAUAUGUUGGUUGAGAAAUCAAGAAAAAAUACUGAUGGAGAUAAUUCUUCUGAAUAUAUUCCUUCGUCUACAAGCGAGUCAUCAAUUUACUCAGAUACAGAAAAUGAUAAUACAAAGAAUAAUAGGAAAAAUGUCUCUGUAAAUAAAACUAAUACGUCUAGUGGUUUAGACAUAUCUAAUCUACAUUUGUCAGGAACAAAAAUGUGUGAUGAUGCUGAAAUGUAUGUCACAGAAUCGUCAGGAAAACAAACACAUUCCAAAAAAAAUUGUUGUUAUUACUGCAAAAAGCUACAAAGUAAGAUAGCACGUCACUUAGAAACUGUGCAUUCUAAUGAAAAAGAAAAGAAGUUAAGAUUUAGUGUAUUACCUAAAGGAAACUACGAAAGAAAGAAAUAA